UUAUUUUUCCCCUAUAAUUAUUAAAUAUACCUAUUCUAAUUAAAUAAUAAGUAUAGCAGCAAAGAUGACUAACCAAUGCACAGGAUUGCCUCCUUAUACACGUCCACCAUAUCCAACAGCACCACCGCCGUAUCAGCCGAAUAUUGGGCCUUCUAUAUUUACUAAUAAUAAUGGACAACAACAACCUUCCAAUACAUCAGCACCACCUUCUCCACGUCCGCCUACGUCCCCACGUCCACCAAAUAUAUCACCACCUCAACCCCCACAACGACAUUCUAAUAUAUCAGCAGCACCUUCCCCACGCCCACCUACUCGGCCAAUUUUUACUCCUCAAUUUGGGCCUUACCCUGUUGAAAUGGAUUGUCCACAAUGCCGUCAACGUAUUGUCACUGAAACGAGUAAAAAAGUUGGAAUACUGCCUUGGAUUUUGUUUUAUCAUUGGCUUUUUACUGUUCCUCAUCCCUUGGUUGUUCUGUUGGGUGCCUUUUGUCCUAAAUUGUUGUCCUUCUUGCAAUAAAGCUUUGGGAAGGUAUCGCCGACUUUAA